AACAAAAGCAAGUGAACGUGAUUUGCGCGGCUUUUAUAAUUAAGGGUUUCACUGUUCUGAAUGUUUUCACUUCAAUCGUGUAGAGUAUGGAGAACGGAAAACAGGAACAUAGCAUUUCAGAGGAGGGUGAUAUGGCACAAAGCAAGCCAAAACAGCGAGGAGUCGGCUGUAACCCUUUUAAGAGAAUAGAUGAGAAAUAUUCCACUGAAAAAUACGAGCUACCUUUGGUAGGUUUCAACCCCGAAGCCGCGAAGCAAAGACCCUCGUUUGUUUAUGAAGAUCCAGCUCUGGAGAGUAGUGAGGUCGUAACCCCUAUAUCACCUCAUGCUUUAAAGUUGUUUGAAGCCAUCCGAGAAGAUGAAAUGGAACUGGUUGAAGCGGAGCUUUCUACCCUAACAGAUAAGCGCCAAAUCGAUAAAUUAGGCGGACAUGGGUUUGCCCUAAUCCAUGUCGCUGCUCGGUAUAAUUUCAGCAGAAUAGUGACUAGACUACUAGAUCAUGGAGCGAAAAUCAACGUGGGGACGAGUGACUAUCGAUGGACGCCUCUUCAUCUAGCAGCCAGGUGUGUUGAAACAUUUAAAACAUUAUAUUCUACAUGACAUCUAUUCUAACGUUUCAGAAUUGCAUAUUAUUUACACGAAUCACUGAAAUUAUCGCUAGCUUCCGCAAUCGAAUGUGUGCAACAGAUCGUUUGUUAAAUAGUCUAACGCGUGAAGAAUUUGUUUAUUGCAUUUGUUAUUUUUAGGAAAGUAACCUUUAUUGCUUUCUUUUGAAGCUGAAGGAGAAAACAAUCCAAUAUUCCCCUCUCUCUGCUUUCACUUGAAAUUUACAUAUUGUAUGUUGUAAUUGACAAAUCAGAUAUUAAAGGCAAGUCAUCACAUUCUGUACUGUAACAAUUUUCGUAUUGUUUUGCGAUACAUUGGCUUUUUACCCUCAAAAUUAAAAGCAUCUCGAUAUCGAAACAGAUCAUUUUCAAUCCUGCCUUGCUUAGAUGAAUUACGUGACUUCUAUCUUAACAAAUACACUAUCAAGUGCUUUUAUUGGAUUAAUUGAUUUGCAAAUAUUUCUAAGUUUGACGGAAAGAAAGUCUCCGCGAUUCAGUUUUGUCAGUUCUUUCACAAGCACAAUAUCGAUGGUAAUUUAAAUCAAAAUUUGAAGAAAGGAGGAAAAGCUUUGUUACGACUGAUGAGAAUGAAGCGUUAAGUGAUCAGGGCGUGACUGUGAGGCUGUGGUUUAAAGUGUUAAGAAAAGUACCCAGUUUUCUGGAAAAUGUCACCGUUGGGUGUAAAACAACCAAGCUGCCCUGAGAAAAAGACAGCGAAGACGAAUUUUAGCGUUCACCAAAACAGUAAGCCCCCCGGGGGGGGGACUCAUGGGAAUUCUUGUUGGGGGUGUGCUGGCCGGUUCUCCAAAUCCUGACCCUACUUCAGACCGAAAAAUGUCAGUUUUUUCAUCCGUUUUCAGACCUCGCCUCUAAAAUCCACACUCAUUCUCAGACCUAGCCUGGCUUUUAAGAAAUUAUGUCAUCAUUACUUAGAUUAGAAUAGCAACAAAAAAAUUCUUAAACCAUUUCGAAUUCGCAUAUUUCUCUUUCUUUCUUAUUCAUUUUAUAAUUGAAAUAAGUACACUCUUAGUUUCCUCGAAAACCAUACCCGAAUGAAUUAACUGCAAAAACCGUGGACGAAGAUCCUGAUAGUUAUAAACAUUGGAUCUCUAGAGAAGAGAUCUAAUCAGCCAAAAUAUUAAGAACAUAAAACGAGAAGUCCAAAGACUACUGCAAAGCUGAUCAGAAGAACUUGUUUUGUUUUUUCACAACAAUAUUUCGGCUCACCGUACCAGCCUUCUUCAGGCUUAGAUGUUACUGCACUUAUGAUAGGAAUGUGUUAAAAGUUAAUUUUUUUUACGCUGCAGGUGAAACACGCUCCAUCAUUUCACACAUUACUUGUAACACUAAAAACGUGAUCUACAUGGCAACCGUUGUAAUUUACAAUGUAUAGGUGAAACUGAGUUACCCCUCAAGGACAGAUUUAACGAACACAGACGACCAGUCCACAAAACUAACAUUAAAUCUGUUUCUGAACACUUUCUCUCUCACUCUAACCAUUCUCAUACUGACAUGUAGUUAAUCCCACUAGAGAAAAUUUACUCUGCACGUGACUCAGUUCUUAAGGCUAGGGAGUAGCAUUUGAUAGAUAAGGCUAUGACUCUUGAACCUAACGGCCUAAACCGCCGUGACGAAUUAUUGUAAUCCAUAUCCUUAUCAUUUUUUCUUUUCCAGUUUUUGUUUUGUACGUCAUUUCCGCCUGUCCCUUUUAAACAAUUUCUAUUGCGACAUUCUCCAUCUAUAUAAUAUCCUGUUUCUUAUCAUAGGUUCAGUAACAUCUGCAAACCUGAAGAAGGCUGGUAUGGCCAGCCGAAAUAUUGUUAUGAAAAAACAAUACAUGUUGUUCUGAUCAGCUUUGCAGUAGUCUUUGGACUUCUCGUUUUUGGUUAUUGGUAAUGUGCAAAUCUUCUCGAUUUGAAGAAACUAGGCGCGCAAUAUGGUCCCGGUUAAAUUUUCAGCAAGCGCGCGAAGUGGUCUUGGAAAAUUCUGUUCUGCAAGCGCGCAAGGUGGUAUUGGCAAAUUCUGGAAACACGUCGUUGACUGGUCAGCAUUAGAUUCCAUCCUCCAGAACCACCUUCCCCUUUUUGCUACACUUACAUAAAAUCUCAAAGUCUCUUAAAAUUUCUACUCUUCUAAUCUUUUUCCAAGUCUAAAAAUGGGGCAUAAGCGGGAUUCGCAUUUGCGGCCCUAGAAACCGAAAUCCAUCGCCUAUACCACUAAUCGACUGCAAGUUAAAUUUUCGUUUUACAUACUUAUAUUUAGUGACAAACCUAACAGUAAAUGAAAGCUAACCAUUUCGAGUCAGCGCUUAGCAAGAAGCCAAUCGGAAAAAAAGUAUAUGAAAAAUAGAACGACAAGAAAGAAAGAACGAACUUUUGUAAGAAUCUAACCCCGCACAUUUGUCUGCGAGAAAUAUUUCUUACGACGACGCUACGUGACGAAAUGGAUUUGACGGAUUGUUUGACGUAUGGAUGCCUUGUAUUGUAAGUAUUGUUUAAAGUGUUUUCCCUUAUAACUUCCUCCGGAAAGCUGCGUUUAAAGCUGAUCGUCUCGUAUUAAACACGAAUUCAAAAAUAUGUGUCAGGAAAAUAACCGGGCUUUUGACCGGGUAACACAAGCCACUCUUAACGAUAUGCCCAACAAAGCCGAAAAACUGGUCUGCGAAGUAGGACGUAAAACAUAUGUUUUUUUUACCUCGAUUUUCGUUCCAUGUUCUCAUAAAAGUACUUCUGCCUUCGAAAUCCAUCGCUAAAGGAAAUUAUUAAUAUUAUAAUGAAAAAUACACUAAUAAUAAUAAUAAUAACAGUAAUAUAGCCUGCGAAUGCAGCCGGUAGAGACGUUUCGCCAGGAGGAACGCCUACGCCUCGGCGAAGGAAAUUUAAUACUGAUGACGUAAAUAAAUGUUAAAAUUUGAAUGAAGGUAUGAUCGUCGCAGUGGUAAUUACAAUUAAAGCAAUUGCAAAUUGACCCGAAAAAGAUUUUGGGACUUCAACGGGAUUCGAACCCGUGGCCUCUACGUUAGCGCUGCAGUGCUCUACCAAAUUGAGCUACGAAGACCCAGACAUUGAGAGCAGGCCAAUUUGCCGAGCUCAUCUAAACUGCUGAAAGGAAUGAAACAUGAAGAUGGUGUGAAUUGUGGAAAUACAAAUUUAAAAGAAGGUAUAUAGCGUCGCAGUGGUAAUUGCAAUCUAAGCAAUUGCAAAUUAGCCCCCCAAAAAAUUUUCAGGAUUUCAAUGGGAAACAAACCCAUGGCCUCUUCGUUAGCGCUGCAGUGCUAUGAAUACCCAUACAUUGAGAGCAGGCCACUUUGCCGAGCUCAUCUAAACCCGUGAAAAGAAUGAAACAUGAAGAUGAUGUGAACUGUGGAAAUACAAAUUUAAAUGAAGGUAUGAUCGACGCAGUGGUAAUAGUUCACAUAAUAAAUCCAGUGGUCAUGGGGAUCCAAAUGUAAAUUUGUUUGAUUUUAUGUUUCUCCUGGUCGAUUAUGGUUACGUUUUGUGUUUUACUGCGAACGAGCUCCAGCAAAACUCAAAUUCUUUGUCUAAAGAAUAAUAUAUUCCAGGAAUAUUGACGGAUUUAUGACGUUCACGACCCCGUUUACAUUUGACCUUUGUGGCAUUUUUUCUUUUGUCUGUCAUUUGUGAACAAUGGAUAAAACAAUAUAAUUACUAUGUCGACGAAUCAGAGCUCCUGACCAGAUUCCGGAUAGAUUUUACGGCAUCAAUAUAGAAUUUUCUGUUGAUGCUCAACAAAUUCUUGGAGGCGUCGAAGGCCUUCGGCCUGACCAUCAGCCUCAGUGAGACCGAGGUACUUUACCAGCCUGCUCCAAACACCACACCCGUUGAGCCAAACAUCAGCAUCGAUGACACGCCGCUGGCAAAUGUCGACAGCUUCAACUACCUCGCCUGGACAGCAUCAUCUUAAACGAUGGAUUCCUGGAUAAAGAAGUCACGUCCAGGAUCAGCAAAGCAAGCCAAGCGCUAUAGGGAGGCUGCGCACAAAGGUUCUCAAUCACCAUUACAUUUGCCUCUCUACGAAGCGGAAAGUCUACAGAGCUAUAGUCUUGACCGCUCUGCUGUGUGAAUGCGAGUCUUGGACACUGUACCAAAGGCGUGUCAAACAGCUGGAGAACUUUCACUUGCGUGCCCUCCGUUCCAUACUUGGCAUACGUUGGCAAGACUGUAUCACUAACCUAGAGGUCCUGGACCGUGCAGAGUGUAUCGGCAUUGAGGCCUUACUCAUCAAGCUCAGCUGCGUUGGAUGUGACAUGUCAUCAGAAUGGACAAUCCUCGCAUGCCUCGCCAACUGCUGCAUGGAGAUCUUGAGGCUGGCAAGAGAAAGCAAAGCCGCCCGCGUAAGUGGUACAAGGACACUGGGAAGGGAAACCUUCAGUAGUGCGGCAUCCAGCUGAAAGAACUUAAGGCUGCAGACAGUGACAGAAGUCAAUCGUGCUCACUGACCCACCCAGCCACCACCAGUUUGGAGGACGACCGCCGUCAAAGACUGAUAGAGACCUUAAGCGCAAGGACGGGAGACAUUAGGACGGUGUACCGGAAGUCCAUUUUCUGGUUCAGUCAUGCGCAGAACGAAAGAAGUUGUCUGCAAUCUUCCGUCAUCCUCACGUCGACAAGGCCAUUUUCACUGUUUUCACGUUGUGCGGGAACGUCGCUUCCCUUGCCAAACUUUUUCGUUUUGCACUUCGAUUUACCAGAUUUUUCGAAAGAAUCGUCGGGAAUCACCUUUCUGGUGUUCAGCGUUAAAGUAUUUUGGAAGACAACUUAAGGACCACGACGACGACCGGAAGUGACUUACAGUGCACUGCGCAAGCGCGACCAGUAAAUUUCGUCGUCGUGGUGUCGUCGACGACGCCAAACAAAGUAGAAUCGCGUCGUCCUGCAAUCCACAAGCUUCGGCAGGUAUAAAUCCACUGUUUUAAGCGAUUUUUUAAGUCCUUUGCAUUUUCUUAUCCUCGUAAAUCCAGGUAUCGUUUCUUUUUUCUCCUAACAAGCGAUGUUGAUUGAAAAUUCGACCAAUGAAUUGAUUUUACUUCGAAGAAUGGCAACAGCUGUGGAGGCCGAGCGAGCGAACUCGUAAGUGAUAAAUUUAUUUUUAGGUAAUUAGGUAAGGCAAAUCAUAUAUCUUUAAUAUAGAGGAAAUAAACUUUUUAAGGAAAACAGCUAUCACAUCAGAAUGUCUCUUUUUCGAAAUCUAAACUCUGACAGACACUCGGACUCGGUCAUCUCAUUCAAGUUGAAAGUUGAAUAAUUUCGUACGCAAAGUAGGUGUUUUUCCGCUCGAAAAGGUCAGACAACACAAAAAUUCUUCAUCGUCAAUGAAAUUAGACGUACGGCUUAAAAAAUAAGAUCUGGCAUUGUUUUAACAGACGCCAGUGCGAAAAACUUUGUUGCGAACGAACAUCACCGUUUUACAUUUCCGUUUGCAUUCAGUGUCGUAAUCGUCGACCUACCGACCGUCUGCAUCUUAAGUUUCCUUUUUCCCGCCGAAACUGACGUUCUCGUCCCAGUCUUUUCCCGGUCAACAGACGUCGUCGUCGUGAACUUCGUCAUGGUUCUUAAGUUCCCUAUUUUAAGAUCAACCUCGUUCCUGAAGCAGAGAAAGCCUCAAGCUUAAAUAAACCGUCUCGUUAAGCUAAGAUCCCUAAUGUUUAUAUUUUCAUGCCGAUCGCUCUUUUCUUUGCAGAGCAAAUAGAGUAUUCUUUACAGCAGAUGAUGUAAAAGCAAAAUCUGUCAUAGGAAUAAUACUUUGUGUAAAGUCAUUUGCUUUAAUUUUCCGGAGAAAUAUCUGGAUAAAAAACAGGAAAAUUAUGAAGCUUCAGUAAUUAUUUGUCCUCUACCGUCAGAAAUAAUGUCAAGGGUGUUUAGUUCACUAAAGAGAACAAUGACAAGAAACUUGCAGAGUGACGGGUGGCUUUCAAGCAAAUUCUCGUUGAUGUACAAGGUAUAUUUAUGCUUUCAAAGGGCAUGCAUGAAUUUAUAUAUGCCCUUUGCUUUAAAAUUAAUUCCAAAUGCAACGAGUAUCGUCUCCUUCUCGUCGCAACUGCUCUAGCAUUUCUCUAGUCGUAAACUUGUUUUGUCUUGCCUUUAUUUUACUUGUUUUCCUUUUGCUUUGCUUGUUUAGUUCUGUUUUAUCUGCUUUUGCAAAAGACGCGCUAGUAGAGCGCGACGCUAGUCUCUCCCCAGACUUCGCACGGAUUUCCCGUCGCCGUCGUCUCUUCGGGCGCGAUCCAUUCAACCAAAAUUCCAACCGGUCCGACCGGGAAAAGUGGUCCACCUCAAAAGGUGGACCCGUUUUUUCGAAACUUUUCCGGUUGGACCGAACCGAUCCAUUGAGUUUUGGACCGAAAUUUCCGGAAAUUUUGGUUGAAUGGAUCGCGCCCUUCCUGUCCUGGGCCCGGUUGCAUAACACCUGCACUUAAGUAGGUCACUUAAGAAUCCGUUAUGGGUACGCUUAUGGGUGUUCCAUGGAACGCACUUAGCACUCUCGUAAGUUUCUGUUUUACGUGGUAACUUACGGGCUCACUUAAGGGCACAGGUAACUUUGAUAUAGGACUGUAUUAGUGACUCACUCUAUUAAUGGGUGUAAAGAAAUUAGCUGGUCGUUUCGAACUCUUUUAAGCCUCUGGUAGAUGAUUAGGGAAACUCAGCCGGUUGAGAUAACGUUUUAUAUAAACUGAAAAAAGUGUGUCAUUAUUUAACAAAAAAAAUCGACCGAGAAGUUUCGACAUGAUAAAAAAUAGUUUAUUUAAGGUAAUAUCUGCAUAGGUUCUAAACUACUCGUCAAUGUUAAGUUUCGUCUAAACAACUGCAACUUAAGAUCAAGCAGUUGUUCCUUCCUUUUUAGAAUUCUCAUUUUAACUUCAUGCUCUUCUGUUAAAUGCUCUUCAUAUACCUUCUCAAUGUCCCUUUCUCUAUGUCGUUGUUCCCUAACAGUGUCGGAAUUACAGUUUGGUUCUUUUGUUUGCUCUUCCCUUAAACGGCUUUCUUCUUGCUUGUUCUCUGAAGUUUCCUUGCCACUUUUCAAUUCAACCAUCCUAUCUGGGCGCACUGGAAGGUACGAAGAAGUUGACGAUAGGCUGUCUUUCUCACUGGUGUCACUUGAAGCAUCAAGGGUGUGUUCACUGGCUUGGAUUUUAUACGAGGGAGGGAUUUUCUUUUCCGAGUAUCUCGGUGAUUAGUUCGUCAACGUCAGUCCACUCUAUUGCACCACCCCCAGUUUACUUUCGUUUGGCGUAUUUGGCUUUAGUGGCUGACAACAAGCUCUCCCAUUUCUUUUUAAGUUGUUCUUUAGUUCUUUGGGGGAACCCGGCGGCUACUAACUGGUUACGAACCUCCAACCAUGUUUGCAUCUUCAAUAUAAAUGUCAGUGUAGGAGACAAAGUACCGAAUAGAGUCAUCUUUCUCUUUUUGACAUAGAGAAAAAAUUUGACUUCAUCCGUCUUAAAAUUCGGCGUUUGUUUCCUGGCGUUAGAGCCUUGUCGUCUUGGCUACCAAGACGACAUCAAUGAAACUGAAGAGGGUCGACAAAAACGCGAGAAAUUUGUUCGUUUGUUUUUUUCAUAAUCCUUAUAAUCCAUUGAAGCUGAUAACAGUUUUUGAAUAUUUUUAGAUCAUUCAGCAAAGAAGAUUGACAUUUUACUGAAUAUCCUUUGAGUGAAGUCCGUUGACUUUCGUUGAAAUACGUUUGCAAGCCAUCGUUAUUAUACUGCAAUAUUUACUGAUAAUGUUUGUUGCAUGUUCUACUUUUUCCUCAAGGACGGCUUUAAAUAAAGUGAACAUCAGAGGUUAACAAAGUGCAUUACAGGGGAAUUACGUAAAUAAAAAACUUUUUUUCACUUCUCUGUAAAACAUCUCGUUAACUUUAGUAAAAACAGUAAGGAUACGAGACCCACAUAGGUCCCAUAAAUUUACGUGCUAUUUGUCUCGUAAAAAACGUUUUAUGUAACACCCGCAAUUUCUGUUGCAUAAAUGACACGUGGGUGGAUACUUACGAAAAUCGUAAGUGCAUUCGCUUGAGUGAAAUCCCUAAGUGGACCACGUAAGUGAUUUAAUACAACUCACUUAAGUUACGUGUACAGGUACGUAUACCCGUAACUGUUACGGGCGUUUUAUGCAACCGGGCCCUGUUGCUUAGGGGUCUCUGUUGGCAGCCUAUCAACGACGCCAAAGAGCAUUCUCUGCUGAUAUCACAACAACGGAGUUCCAGUGUCCCACCUGCUCCAGACUCUGCGCUUCCAGAUUGGGUUUGCAGAGCUACCAGAGAAUCCAUAGAUGAUCACACAACACGCAGUCCACAACACACAGUCUUCAGACACGAUGGACAACCACCAAACUAGCACGUUCAAAAGAGGAGUUCUUUCGAAAAAUGCGCCGCAUUUUAUCGUCGCGCACUUCUUUCUCUAGCAAAAAAAAAUAGGUUUUGUGACCUCUCCAGAACUACAAUGUAAACGCAACAAAAUGACACGUGUCCAAGAACAUGUUUCGGGAAUAAUGGUGUGCAUUUUUCUAUAUUUUGUUUGAUUAGCUCCUUUAGGCACUUGAUAGAGUGGUUGUAUUCAAGCUGCUGGUUUAACCAAGUCCUCUUGUUUGUCUUAGAUUCAAUGGUCUCUCCACCGUCGUCGAUGUUCUUCUGCCACGAGGCGCUGAUCCCUCGCUGAGAGGGAAAAAUGGGAACACCCCACUUCACUUGGCGGCGCGUGGAGGACAUGAAGAGAUCGUUAAAGUUCUUUUGGAUCAACCGUCCGUUGAGGUUGACGCUAAAGAUAAUUCUGGAAAAACUGCUCUUCAUUUUGCCUGCAGCGAAGGUCACAGAAAGGUUUGUCAAAUCUUGUUGAACUUCGGAGCGGACGUAAAAGCGAUUUCAGCGGACAAGACAACUCCGCUUCACAGUGCCAUUUUUAAUGGACAUUCAGAGGUUGCGAUGAUGAUUUUGAAGCGAGGUUAGAGGUUACUGAUUUAACAGUAAUUGCAGUGAUUCCUUCGGAGUGUAAAGAGUCCUUAUUUAUUCAUUUAUUUAUUAUCGAACGAUCCCCUGUGGGUCAUUAAAUUUAGGUCUUCCUAAAUCUGGAAGCGUCUCACUGUAAUGCAAGUCCUCUGUGAAAUUCUGGCGAUGACAGAUAAAUGCUGACUGCUAAUUUGCUGGAUAGCACACAUUUCACUUAAACGUUCAAUUAUGCACUACUAAAAACUUUAUGGAGACAUUGCCUGAUCGUAUCAACCUGCUUAUCUGGCGGUAAGAGAAUAGGUUAGUGCUUUAGCCGCCGCGCGUACAUGGUAGCUAGCCGCGACGUUUUUUGUCUGCUGCAGGAUCUCAGUUUGACUCCUCCCUAUUUUCUCGCUGCUUUAUACCCCAAACAAAAACAGCAACAGCAUUCAUAGAAAGAAGCAGUAGCGCAGAUAAAUCCCGCCACCUACCUAGGCUAGUGUAAACAUAGUGAGAUUGUAGAGAGAACAGCGCCUGGGGACCAGAAUCCUAAAGGUCUUCUUUACUCGUAAUAACGGGGUGAUCGUAUGGUGGAGGUGCACUAUGUAAGUGAAUUCUCCUCUUAACUUACUGUCAUUGUUUUUGUACUUUACAGCUGCCGACAGAGAUGUAGAUACUAACGAGAAAGAACUUGUGGGAACUUCUGACUUACAGGACACCACAGUCUUGCACAUGGCCGCAUGGAAUAAUGACGUCAAGACUGCUGAGUUAUGCCUUGAGAAAGGCGCUGAUGUCGACUAUCUUAAGUGUGGCUCGGUCACUGCCCUUCACAUAGCGGCAAUGAAAGGAAAUCUUGAGGUGGCGGAUUUGCUUAUUUCAAGAGGUGCUGAUGUGAACAAGAAAGACGGGAACUCCAAAACACCUCUCCACAGGUUAAUUCAAUUUGCAUUGAAUAAAGAUUGUUCAGACUAAGCAAUAUUGAAUACUUUAAGUGUUGAAUAAACGUUCCAUAGAAUUUUGCCCAUAGUCUAGAAAAAUAGAAAAAAAAAGGCUAAACUAGAAGCAUUUUGGUGGUAACGUUGUGGGUGACAUAAAUGUUUGUCAGGUAGUCGCACGUGAAACAAAUCGAACAAACGCAAAUUUUCGUUCUAGGUCUCAAGAAAAAUGAUUAUUUAAUCAGUGAAGAACAUUCUUCUUUCCAGAUGCAUGUCGGUUAAUUGGCAAAUCAAUGUUCCCGGCAUGACAAUACUAAUGUUCUAGUUUUGCAGGACCUCAAAAGUAUCUCCAUGUUGUCUUCUUAAUUACCAGUCUGGAACUGAAAAAGAAAAAAAACAGCGUUUCGUAAAUUUUAUGCUUCAAUCACUCAACUAACCCUUUGAUUAUCGUUUCCAUGUAGGGCCGCUAUGUUUAACCAGUUAAACCUUAUUGAAUUUCUUGUGGAAAAGGAGGCAAAAAUUAAUGCUCGUGACAGUGAAGGACGUUCUCCUUUCUUGAAUGCUGUUGCUGCUGGGCACGUGGACUGCGCCCGAGUGCUUCUCAAAAUUGGAGCUGAUUUGAGCGCAGCGGACUUGCAUAUGAAAACUUGUCUUCAUAUUGCAGUAGAGAACGAGCACUUAGAGAUGCUAUCAAUGCUUUUGGAAAGUCGUGCGGGGGUAAGCUGUUUAAACAGAGGAGAUUUGAAGGAUAGAGUUCCUCUGCACUACGCAGCGAAGACGAGAGACAUCAAGGUAACGUUGGAACGGAACUGUUAGAAAGCAAUUCAACAGCACUUUUUAAUCUUUUUUUUACCUUUACAUAGAAGUGACUAUAAUAGAGUCGAACCUCUAUAAAAGGGCGUUCUAUAAGCCACCACCAUUUUCCUCUCUUUUUACCAGAGUCCAGGCGGAGAAAAGUUUCAGUAAAUCACCGUAAACAGUACCUCUAUAAAGCAGCCACCUGUUCUUUCUUCGAGGCUAACCGCUUAAUAGAGAUAUCUUUAAUAGAGGUUCGCCGUACUGUAUUUAAGGCAGAACGUGAAAUUCGUUCGAAAGAAUACUUUUCCCGGCUAACUGGUUAAUGAAUCGCAAGUCAUAGCUAUUUUCCAAAUGUACACCUUCCCGACAUCAGGGAAGGUAGUCUGGUAGUCUGACUCUCUCAUGUUUGCAAAUGGUGGUGGCGGACGGGAAUGCCAUUUAUGUGAUAGGGAGCCUACAUCAGUCAGUUUUUUUCUAGAACAGACAUUCUUAGGCAUAGACCAUCUUUACAGCUGUACACUUCAGGGAGGUGUCCAUUGAGAAAGAGUUGACUGUAUUUUAAAACAGUGGAACUCACUCUAUAUUAGGCGUUUUGUGUUGAGUGAUGUACUGACAAGUUUGUCCGUCGAUACUCUAGGAACUUACCGAUAGAUGGCAGCUUGACCCUUUAAGCUCCAGUAUCUCUGCACUUUUCUUUAUACAUUCUUGCGGUACUGCUCGAGAAAGUUUCUUCAAACAUCAAGACAUUUCAUCUCGGGACCUGUAGUGUUGUUGUUGGGAGAAAUUGGUAGCUGUUCACUAUUGGAGCUUAAAGAAUUAAUGACAGGCCGCUUAAUAGAGAUUCGGCUGUAAAUGCAUUAAAAACAAUAAAUGACACUGACUCUGGCAUACGGAUUCUUGUUUGUAGAUUUUAGAGCUCGUCUUAUCCAAGCAGAAGCGCUUGGGCUUCAAUGAUGAGAGUAACAAGACACCGCUUCACCUUGCAGCAGAAAAGGCCUCAUCCAAACACGUCGAAGCUCUGGCAAAGCGCAUGUCUGAAGUAAAUGCGCGAGACGAUCUUGGCCGAACGCCAUUGCACAGCGCUGCAAGGAAAGGGCAGAGGCAAGAGAUAUAUUCUAGAAUAUUCUCAUUUUUCUUCACAGUUAUCGCUGUUUUUCCAUUAUGGGUGAAAGUGAUCUUUGUUACUUGUUUGUAUGCAGAGUGGACCGUAGAUCAAAGAUGUCCUCACAGCAAGCCAUAGUGUCGUAAAACUUGGAAACUCGAACCUCAAAAAUUUUGUGCGACUAUUAAGUCGUCCUUCUGUUUUGAAAGAAUGAUUAAAAUCGAUCACGAUUACUCGAAUAGAUAAAUUUUAUGUUUUGAUUGCCUCCUGAAAUACCACGUAAGAUUGCUUUUAUCCCAUCAAUCCUAAAGCGCUUGAAAAGAUGGCGGGUAUCGUGAAUAAGGUUUAUUCCGUGAGACAAUUACCAUUUCCAUCUUUCCUUAAUUCUAUUCACCAUUCGCAUAUCCCCCAUUAUGCACUUUGCUUAACCCCCCCGGCCAAAAAAGCAUAAACUUUGCUUUUCAUUUAUGGACUUCCUUUUUUUAAGGGGGGAGGAGAGAGCAAGGUGUGCUAUGGGAGAUUGCAAGUGGCGAAUAAGGGAAUCCAAGACGGUUUUACAAUGCUACCUACAUUUUGCAUUUGUUUUCCUUUGUAAUAGGAAAUCCUGUCUGGUACUUCUUAGCAUGGGAGCUGAGGUCGACAGCAGGGAUAACAAGUUUCGAACACCUCUGAUGUGGGCUUCUCAGGGAAACCACACAAAAUGUGCCGAUGUUCUUCUUGACUCCAAAGCUUCUGCUGACCUACAGGAUGUCGGUGGUGAUACUGCUUUGCAUGUAGCUUGUGGUCAGGGUCAUCCAGCUAUUGUGACUUUACUGUUGGACCAUGGUGCAUCUUCAACAUUGAGAAAUAAACAAGGUCUUGCUUGUUUGGAAGUUGCCGCGAACGCAGGAUCGUGUCAUGCUGCCAUGGCGAUUGCCAAACACGAAAGGUUAGCAGAGUAAUUUUCACUCAGUAAUAAUUAGCUUAAACCAACACGAUAACAAUAACGUUACUACAAAUUGCAAACAUAUUAUCCCACCGUUAAUUUUGUAAUACCUGCUUGAAACCCCACCUCUCCCCACACCCCAAACAAACAAAGAAAUGGGUUUGAAGCCCAUGAAAGAUUCUUUCCACAAAAGUGGUGGAAAGGAGACUCGUUAUAACUUAACAGAUGGUAAUCCAAAGGAGUUUUCGAAAGGACAAUAAAAUAAUUGGAAAUACACGACACAAACAAGGAUCGCUAUUUUCAUUUUCAAUUCCUGAAAUAAAAGCGUCGCGUUUGUUAUUGGUUGGUUUUUCGUCUCUCGAUGAAAAGAAGCGACCUACAUUCUUUACGUCAGUAUACAGAUAGAAAAUCAUGUUUGCCAAGUCUGGACCGUUGGAGAGUCCACGUUAUGUAACACUCCUAAUUAAACAAUUUAUAAUGUUUUUUAUGAAUACUUCAUAAUAUAUUGUGGGGAGAGAUGUCGAAUGUCAAGUCAUUUUAUUUGUUUUUACCUGCAACUUUUUAAGGUGGAAGGAACUUGAGCAAUAUCAAACAUCAAACGGUAAAACCGCAAUCUCACUCCUGGUUGAAAACUUCCCUGAAGCAGCUGAAGUUGUUCUUAAUCAGUGCGUACGUUGCUCGGACCAUCUCAACCCAGCCGACCCAGACUACGCUGUAACUUAUGACUUCAAGCACCUAGAUCCUGGUCCAGAUGCUGACAUGUCGAGUGGAAGGUUUUCUACAGUUCAGGUGAUGAUAAAGCACAAGCGUGAACGACUUCUUCUACAUCCUCUUACGCUGAAAUUUAAUGAACGAAAGUGGCAGAGUUUAGGAAGAUAUGUCUUCUUGUUCGACCUUGUCACUUAUCUCUUGCUUAUGGCGCUCUUUACCGAAUUUAUUGUCCGUCAAAGGAGACGCCAGACCUUCAGAUCCCCGGAGCGUGUGCCACCAAAGCGCAAUGGCACUCGAGGAGUUCUCAUCAAGCAAAAACCCUCAGAUAUUUACAACAGAGACGACGCCUUCACAGAGACCAUUCCGUUUGUGAUCUUGAUUUUCUCCCUCCUGCACAUAUGCAAAGAACUGUUGCAAAUCUACGUUCAGCGUUGGAACUACUUCAAGGACCUGUCUAAUUACCUGGACUGGACCCUUUAUAUCACUACAGCAUUGUUUAUGGUCCCCUAUGUCACGAAUCCAGCCGACCUCGACGAUUGGUUUGGCCGUAUGCAGGAUCCCCGAGUACUUUGGAACAUUGGAGUUCUUGCAAUCUUCGUGUGCUACACCAACAUGAUGCUGUUUCUCAGAAGAUAUCGCUUGUUUGGCACUUACAUCUCAAUGUAUAUUGAAGUGACGAAGACUGUAUUCCAAGUUAUGGUUGUGUUUAUUUUUCUGGUUCUGGGAUUUGCAUUGGCUUUUUACGUCCUCUUUAAAGAACAGGUAAGUUAGUUCUCAGGUAUUGUUGGCUAAUCGGUUAAUCUUGCGAGAAAAAACAAGAAUUGUGUUAUUAGUUGAUUUAACUCUAAAGAAAAGAUAAGAAAGAAACCAUGAAUUUUGGGAUCGAGAAAAAUGUCCCUUUUCCUUAAUAGAGAUUUCCCUUCAAUAGAGCUUGAUACAGAAGCAGAUACAAAGAUUACAUGAACAUUUUCCGGGACCAAAUUUUGGUAUUCUCUGAAUGGAGGUGUCUCACAGGGGAGGUUCCACUGUAUCAAUCAUAUCCAGGAAGACAUUUAGCAAGAUGACGUCAAUUCAGUUCAACUACGUACUAGUAUCCUUUGCUUUGAGGGAUCCGAACCCCCAAAGGUUCUCUUGGUAGAAAAAUAAAUAAUAAGUAAUUAAAAACAGUAAUAAUUGUUAUAAUUACUGUUGAUCGAAGAGCAUUAUGACAGUUACCAAAACGUUUCUCGUUGGAACUGAUGCGGGGCCAGUGUAUGCCCUAUUUAGCCCUCUCAUGGAUAUUUAUAGCUUCAAAUAACCAAAGGUGCUAGAAACACUACGGUCUUGAAGACGCUUCACCUCCAAAACAAGAACCUGUUUUCUCCAUUUUUGAUUUCCUUUGUCAGUUGCUGCCUUAAUGUAGGGAGAACCCGAAAAUCGCGUUUUGUUGCCUGGCGAAAACGCAUCGAAACCGGUGCCUUGACUUUUUAAUCUUACCAAUCAUUUCAGGCAACCUGUGACGAUGUUUGGCUCCACCCUACGUCAAGGUACUGACACAGUAAGCAGUAGAAGUCUUUUUUUUCAACGAACGCUGUUCAUUGCACUAAAUUGCCAAGAGUCGACUAAUGCUGUAGCUCCACUGUUAGUAUGCACGUACAUGUAAACUGCAUGAAACCCAAUUCGAGCGAGCGCUCGAAACGUUAGCUUGUGAAUCAAGUCUAAACUGUGGCCGAUUUUGUUUAUCUGCUCAGUUGGUAAAACCGCAUUUUAUCUCACCAUUAUCAUUCAGAUUGGAUUCCAUACAGUGCAUCAUUCCCUGCUCCGCGUGCUCGUGAUGAUGAUUGGUGAACUGGACUUUGGAUCAACCUUCAUAAGCACCAUUCGCCAAAAGAGUGAAGCUAACAACAAUCCGUUGAAUCCAUUCCCUCCUUUUGGAUUUUUCUUCCUUUUUUUGUGCUUGUUUUUCCUUACUAUUGCUCUGAUGAACCUUUUGGUAAGGAACUAGUUUGAUAUGUAUUUUUAACAGCUGAAAGAAUAGGCUGAGAAAACAGCCAACGUUUCUCGACGCCACCACUGGUUUCCCCGCGAAAUGACGUCUGAGAAACGAGUACGGAAAUUCUAUACUGAUGACCUGUCACUACCCUGAUCUGGGUAGUGCUUCUAAUUGGUUGAAACAGAUUUCCCCCGUUGCACGACCAAUCAGAAGCACUGACUAGAUCUGGGAAGUGAAACGUCAUUAGUAUGGAAUUUCUGCGCUCUUUCCUCAGACAUCAUUUCGCAGGGAAACCAGCCGUGGCGUCAGGAAAUUUCGCAGGCUUUUUUCUGAGGCUGUUGAACAGCCGUCUGUUGUAGUUUUCUGCGCAUAUGUGGGAUUUUGCGUUUUAAGUCAACAGAAAAAUUUUCAAACUUGACUUUGGCAAGAAAAAAUACUUUUCCAGCGGGUGUCGAUUUCCGUAGAACUGUGUAAGCUAUGUGAAAUUUGUCGGAGAAAUCACAGGGCAUUUGUAAAGGUUCCGCACAGGACUCUCUGUGUCUUCUCAAUCUAAAUCUAAAUGUGGUUUAGUCGGCAACAUCCACGAGGGACAUCACGCCCAACUGCGAAACACUUGGGAUUGCAGAAUAAAUUUAUUAAUGAAGGUAUGAUCCUCGCAGUGGUAAUACACCUUUUCACCGAUACGGCGGCCAUAUUGAAUUAAUUCGAUUUAAGGAGUAUUAUAGGAUGCCCAGGGGGCAUGAGCACAUUUCGUUUGUAUUUUCGAGCGCUUUUCGGGACAUUUUUUCUUAAAGUUUUCUUAGAAUAAGAUUGUAAUGGGAAAAAAGAUCCCUGUGCCGUGUUUGGAUGUAAUAAUGAUCGCCUUUUUCUGGUUUAGUAUUAGAAAUAUGGUGUUUCACUGUAUCUUCCUCGGGAAAAGGCGAUCAUUAUUACAUCAAAACACGGCACAAGGAUCUUUUUUCCACUUACAAUUUUAUUCUAAGAAAACUUUAAGUAAAAAUGUUCGGAAAAGCGUUCGAAAAUACAAACGAAAUGCGCUCAUACCCCCUGGGCAUCCUAUAAUACUCUUUAAAUCGAAUUAAUUCAAUAUGGCCGCUGUAUCGGUAAAAAGGUCUGUUGUAAUUUAAGCAAUUGCAAAUAAACCCGAAAAAAAGUGGCGGGACUUCAACGGGAUUCCAACCCACGGCCUCUGCGUUAGCGCUGCAAUGCUCUACCAUUUGAGCUAUGAAGGCCUUACACUGGGAGCAGGCCAAUUUGUUGAGUUCAUCUUUACCGUGAAAGGAAUGAAAUAUGAAGAAGAUUUGAGCAGCUGACACCGAAAUACAAAUUUUAAAUGAAGAUAUGAUCGUCGCAGUGGUAAUUGCAAUUACCACGUGUUGGUCAUUACAAGUUGGUCGUUUCCUUGAAACAGCCCGCUCAAGACGAUGUUAGUUAAAGCCGUAAAUGUGCAUUUUAAUGAGAGCCGAAAGAAACUUUGCGACUACUUCGUACUCUUGUACUGCAAUUGAAAAAAAAACAUUUUUAAUCAAGAAAAAACGAAAAAGCCGUAUUUACUGGAACGUUAUAGCCACGGCGCUCAGUUACCCUUAAAAGUUCUCCGAUGUAGCUCUUUUUCGAAGAUGAUGACGUGGGGUUUAGCGAGCAAAAUUCGCUGCGUUCAACAGUUCUUAAUCACAUGUAAUGGGCGGAUGCCGUCAGCGGUCCAAGAAUUAAAAAAUGUUAGACGAAUGACGUAUUUUUUUUCAUAUUUGGCUAGUGCUACUAUUUCAUAACAAGUUAAGCCAAUCAGAAACGAAGAAACCGUUGUUUUUUUGUGACCAAGUCAGACGAUAUCCGAAGUUUGCUUUUACAAAUCUUUAUUUUAUUGAGGUAAAUUGUACCGUACAAUUUUCCUGUAGGUUGGUCUGGCAGUGGGAGACACCGAGACAAUGAAGAAAUAUGCCACGAUCAAGAGACUUGGGAUGCAACUAGAAUACCAGUUUGAAAUAGAGGAGGCGUAUCCCAAAUACAUCAUCCGAAAGGUUUACGAAAGGGUUUAUGAAGAGAAGCCCAACAAGCGGCCUAGAGUCAAUAGGUAUACCUCAUUUUGACCAAAUCGUAGUAAAGCCUGGUUUUCACUAGCGCAUAAACAUAAGCACAAGCACAUGCCUAAGCAAGUGAAAACUGGGUCGACAUAAGCACAAGCACAAGAAAAACGUACAAGUUCGUUCUUCUUGUGCUCUUGCUUAUGUUUACCUGGUAGCUUUGACUAGCGAAAACUGGGUCGACAUAAGCACAAGCAUAAGCACAAGGCCGUGGACCAAUCAUAGGUCACUGUGACCCCGGCAGACCUCAUGCAAACAAAUCAAAAGCAAUAUGGCGGACGCUUCGUCCGCCAUCUUGUUUAUCAUUGGGUUGAGGAGAGCUGGUAUCGAGAAUUGAGUCAAAUAUGCUAUUCUGCGCGUGCGUAUGUCCUUGUGAAAACCAGGCUCUAAAAAGCGUAUGUGUGUAUGCUCACAUAGAGAGCUCGUUUGUGAAACACUCAUUUAGCUGUCACUACAUAUUUCCAGUCUGUUGUCCUUUGUAUUACGUGUAUUCUAAAUAUCGGUUAUCAUUAAGUAGCUUUGGAUAUUUUUAUGCAUUUUGCCUAUAGAUUAUGCGUGACCACGAAAUGGCUUUGGUUGCCAGGAGUUGCUGGGAUACAAAGGCUUUGCCCCGCCUAAUAUUUGUAUUAGCCAUUACUGCCCUGUUGAUCAGUUUUCUUGCUGAGGAUAGGGUUACCGGAAAUUGGAAUUCUCAUAUUGGUGCUAACAUUUAAUUGAAAGGAAAAUACAUUUCAACUUGUUUUACUCCUUAGAAUAAUGGAUUGGCUGCAUGCAAGGUUUGCUGAAGCAGCUCCAGAACCGGUUGAGGAGGGUCAAACAUCUGAAUUUGCUGAACUAAAAGAAGAGAUGUUAAAAAACAAGAAGAGGAUCAAAUCUAUGAUGGCCAUGUUGGAGGCCCAAAACAAGCUACUCAAGAACCUUGCAGCUGUCGUCGACCCCAAAUUUAAGGUUCGGGAAGAUGUUGACGGUGUGAGUGGUGCAGCGCGGGCAUCGUUUGAAGGCGGCAUAGAAAGAGAAAUUCCAAAGUAACAUUUAAGCGUCUACUUUACAAGAGGGUAAAAGCUCAUGGAUGCUGCUUUUGAAAGUGUGUUGUGUUAAGUUCUUUGGUUGACAAAAAAAGGACUUGCACGUCUAAAGCUUACGUUUCAUUCAGCAUUCAUAGCAGUGCUUUUGCAAGGAUUAAAUGUCUAAUGCAUUUUUGUAAAGGUAACCAGACAAUAAUGUGGCGAAGCUAAAUAUAAGUGGUUUUCUCCGCACCUACACCAUUGCUUUUGGCAGGGUCGUAAUUAACCACUCAGAUGUUUUUGUUAAGCUACCAACAAACAGGAAUACACACGUUUUAUUGACAAGAUUUCCUGAUUUUUCUUGGCCGCCUGGCGCCAUUGAAUUUUGUAGAGACCCAGCAGUUUAAUUUUGUGCAGUUGUCACAGACACGAGCACGUAACAUAACCUUAUCGAAACUAGAGUGGAAAGAUACGGAGAAAUGUUCUGUUGUUAUUGUAACACAAUUCAGCCCUCCAACCGUGGGCUCUUGGACUCUCCAGAUUUAGAUUCAGGGGCUCCCUUGUUGACGCCCUUGAAGAUGAGGGAGUUGACCUCUGUGGUUCGACUUUUUAAACAAAGCCUUUCCGUAGGACCUUCGCAUAGCUCUGAUUAGUUUGUACUACUUUACAAAAUAAAAUCGCUUGAGUUUUACAAAGUUUAUCGAAAUGUGCGUUGAAAAGGUACCAAAAACGCACCACGCAUAUUUAACUCAAUGGAUCAUUUGCUUUGCACAGUAUUUUUAAAAUAAAAUCGGGCCUUCUUCUUGAUUUUAUUUUUUGAUUUGCAACUGUUGGCGCACAUAGCUUUUGAUCCUGGACUUGACCUGGUUUAUCCAUGCUAGUACAUACAUGGCUUGGUAAUCAAUUAAACUUCGUUAACUGUCAAGGCUUCUGCCUUAAGGCGUAACAUUAAA